AUGAAGUUCUCCGCCGCAGUCUUCACCCUCCUCGCCGCCACCGGCGUCACAGCCGCGCCCGCCGCUGAGACCUGGACCAUCCGCGACGCGAAGCGGUACUGCCGCUCCGACGACUCCAUCUGCAACUGGAAGUUCGGCAUCGACACGGGCGACGGCAAGCCCUACGAGUGCCGCUACGACGUCAAGGGCCCCGGCGCGAGCAAGAAGCGCAGCGCUGGACCUAGCACAUGCGGCGACUUCACCAUCACCUCUGGCUGGAGCGACCAGUUCGGCGCUGAUAACGGCUUCACUACGCUUUCUGUUGUGUCCAAUUCGAAGCGUCAGAUCAUCUGGCCUGCCUAUACGGAUAAGCAGCUUGCUGGUGCUAAGAUUGUUAAGCCUGAUCAGUCUUAUGCUCCUGCUUCUCUCCCCAAAUAA